AGCUGUUGCUACUAGUUAGCUUGUCAGGUUGAACACUUUACUCUAAAAGUGGAACAUUUUACCUUUAGCUUUAGGUUAAAUAACUAUUGAAAAUGAGUGUCUCCAUCACACAGACGUUUCAAGUGAACAAUGUGGGCCAUAAAGGAUUCAGAGAACAGAGGGCUUAUGAUCAUCUGUACGACCCCACGUUUACAGUGUCGGCUGAGGUGGACCACGCCCGGGUAAACUACAGAGCUCAGGGAUCUGUGGAGCGUCUGAUGAAGGUUCCUCAGUAUGAUUCCAUGUUCAGUAAUCUUCCUCACCAUCCGCGCUUCACCCUGCGACUGCGCGCCGACGAUCCCGUCCCUGCCUUCAUCGACCGCCGCUGGAGAGGACACACAGACCAGAGGAGAGAAGCUCUAAACACGCUGACAGGGGUGCUGCCGGGUGUUGGGUUGCACAAACCAAAAUCUGAGGAUGUGGCCGGAGUCGAUCGCUGGAAGUACUUCAAACGCCCUCUCAUCCCGUUUUCCCAGCGGAUUCCAGCCCAUGUCGUUUUUGCACUGCCCAGAGAUGACCCUCUGGAUGUCCAGCAAGACAACACCGAAUGGACAGGGCAGUCUUUUCAGCGUACAGUGGGGGUGCAGACGGAUUACCGGGACAGCGAGGCUCAGACCGAUCCCUACAGCCCCGAAUACACACUGCGCCCGGGCACAGCGCCUCCAGAACUCCUCACCCUGGCUACAUUUACAUGGGGUCGAGGACUCCCCGCUGGCCUGGAGGAGGUGGAGAUGAUCGAAAGAGCGCGGAAGAAGAGGGCGUGGGAGGCCACGCUGCCACCUCCGAACGAUCUCGCUCAGCUGGACCGGAGGAGGAGGAUGAUGGAUGAGAUGGAGAGAAAUGAGUGGGCUUUUAGGGAGCAGGAGAUCGAGAAGCUGCAAGAGGCCCGACUGACUCUACUCACUCAGCUGCUCCAACAGAGAGACGCUCAGCAGGACGAGGCCACGGUGAACCGCCUGGACGAGCGAUUCUCUCAACUCCAGAAACAGAAGGAAGAGCGUCUUCAGAAAAUCCGCAACAACUACGUUCUCUGUCUACGGAAGCUAUCGGCGAAGAGGAGGGCGGUGGAGGGGAGGUUGGAGAGACGAGAUAUUAUUAACGAUCACCUGAAUUACAGCUCUGAGACGUACGCUCCUCUCUCCCGCCAUGGAAUCUUCCCUGAGCGUCACCCCAAAAGCAACACUGUCAAGAGCCACUUCCUCAACACUUAUGAAGGUCUGUUGGAGCUUGAAGCGAGUCUCCCUGCGUCUGUCCUGGAACCAAAAAUCAAGCUCCCAAAGCCCAGAGAGAGUAAGGGAUUCAUCAAGCGCUCAGAGCGUCAGGAGAUCAUGCUGAUGAAAACGCAUCAGGCACUAAAGGAGAAAAACGCACACGUGCAGGAGGGGAAGGCUCUGCGCUUCCUAUAUAAAGUGGAGAAACCGGUCCCUCGCCCCCCGACGCCCGUGGUGGACGUGCCUCACGAGGAAGACGAGGAGAAGGAGCUCGCCGUCCUUGUUUUGCAGAAGCUUCUGAGAGGCAGAUCCAUUCAGAAUCAGAUGCUGGAGGGACGGGAAAAGCGACUGGAAUUGAUCCAGGAGCUGCGCACCACCCACACUCUGCAGCGUGAAGAGCAGGAGCUGCUGAGAGCGGACAAACAGGUCACACUGGCCCUGCAGAGACAACGAGAGAACCACGAGCACAAAACGUCUCAGGUGCAGGGCCACGUAGCUGGUCUGUCAGGAGCGGCGAUCGUCGAUACGCUGGACUUCCUCGCCAAGGAGCUGAUUCGUCUGCAGGAUGAAAGGCGAAUCCACGCUUUUACGCUGUUGGCUGAAAGAGACCGGCGGCUCCGCGAGGCGGAGGAGAGUGGACGGCGGCAGCUCGAGGAGCGCAGGCGGAGAGAGGAGGACGAAAUUUUUAAACAGGUGAUGAAGGUGCACCAGGCCACAGUGGAUCUGUACCUGGAAGACGUGAUUCUGAACACCGUGGAUCAGACGGCCGACGCUCAGGCCAGAGAAGAGGUCCAUCAGAUGGCCGAGGAACUCAACGACAUCGCCUAUCGCUAUGCAACGGAGGAGAGGAAGAACAGUGUGCAGUCUGAAGAGAUUGUGGCUGACCUUGUCUACAGCUUUCUCAUUCCUGAGGUGCACAAGAUCACUGUCAGAGAAAAAGUGAGGCAGAGUCAGAGGAAGCAUUUAAGUGCAGCACGUACCCUGAUCCACGGCAUCGACGGCUCCUCCAGAGGCUCUCGGCCCAUCUCACCAUCAUCUAGAGCCUCUACGUCAGCGCUCGCUCAAGUCCUCGAGCUGGUGGAGGAAGCUGUGGGUUCUGUUCCAGUCCAGACCGACCAUGAGCCUCCACACGCCGAUUAGGAAUGCUAGUAACUUGAGGAGAGAUGUGGUGUCUAGACGUCCAGCAGAUAAAUAAAUAAAUAAAGUAAAUAUAUAAGAGAUGCAAACUGUUGGUCAACCAAUAAAGACACUUGUUACAAA